GGAAACUCGAGAUCAUUGUGAUUUCAUGAUCAUAGCUGGCUCUGAAGAAAUCCCAGUUCAUAAGAAUAUUAUAUCUGUAGGAUCUGAUUAUUUCAGAGCAAUGCUGGCUCAUAAUAAUGCUGAGACAGCGUCUGGUAAAGUAGAAAUGAAAGAGGUUGAUCCAUUAUCCCUGCAAGAAUGCAUAGAAUAUAUUUACACUGGUGAAUUAUCUACUACUGAUGAAAAUGCUGAAUCUUUGAUGUUUGUGGCUGAAUUACUACAGUUGAAAGAUGUCUGUGGAGGCAUCGUUGAUUUACUUGAAGAAAAUCUCGAAUCAUCUGCAGAAUCAUUCUUUGCGACAAAAAGAAUCGCAAACCUGUACAAUUACAAAGAAUUGAUGGAAAAAUGCGAAAAGUUCAUGCUGGAUAAAUUUGAAGAAAUUUCUGUUCUUGAUGAGUUCAAGGGAAUAGAGGAAAAGGAGUUUGUUAGAUUGAUCAAGUCACAAGAUAACAAGGCAUUAGAGAGUGUCAAGCUAGAGGCGUUGGUAUCUUGGAUAAAACAUGAGCAAAGAAAUCGCACGAAACUUCUGAAGAAAUUGAACAACUACAUUGAUUUGCAUAAAGUACCGGUGACUUAUAGAAGAUUCCUUGUUGAAAACGAGCCAAUGGUAAAGUCAUGCCAUGAAUGUUCUCACGCUCUACUAAUAUCUGUGUUGGACAGCUUGAACGUUGGUGCUUCAAAUGUUCACUCUGCUGCAAAUAUAAAGCAAGAAGAAAAGGAGGCAAUUGCAGUGUUUGAUCGUAAUUCAAAGAGCCUGCAAUGCUUUGACCCUCAGAAUAAUACUUGGACAAAAAUGCAGAACAUGCCUGGAUCAGGAACUGACUUUUCUGCUGUGGCUCUUGGUGACUACAUUUAUGUUCUCAUGAUUGAUCAAUCUGUCCAUCGGCUGAAAUACUCAGAUCAUGAAGCUACUUGGGAGAGAAUGAAUGAUAUGAUGUAUAAACAUGGGCAGUGUCCUCCUAUUACUGUUUUGUCUGGAAACCUAUACGUUGUUGGUCAUUUAGAUGAUAACUCAAAAUCAGUUGAAAAGUUCGAUCCAUCAAGCAACAAAUGGGAAAAAGUAAAAGACAAAAAUCUCAGCAGUCGUUUUUCAACAGCGCUGGGUGCUAGAGGUUGUAUAUACAGCAUUGGUGGGUCGGUACCAUAUCACUACACCAACCAAGUAGAAAGAUUUGACCCAACAUCAUCAACUUGGUCAUUUGUUGCAUCCAUGAAUGAAGCAAAAGGCGAUGCCGCAGCUGUUGAAAAUGAAGGGAAUAUAUAUGUUCUAGGUGGAUAUGCGAACAAUCACUUGAAAACUGUUGAACGAUAUGAUAUUUCAACAAACUUGUGGUCCAUGGUAACUCCCAUGUUAACGAAGCGGAGCUGGUUUUGUGCUUUUGUGAUUGAUUCAGAUAUUUACGCAGUUGGAGGAAGGAACAGUUCACCAGGAAGCAUGGAGAAGUUUGAUUUCAAGAAGAAUCAAUGGGAGAUGAUUGACAUGAAGAACAUGGAUCUGGCGAUACUCGAUGCAGUGAAUAUGAAUUUGAAGUGAUUUGAUUGUAUAUGACAGAGAACAGUUCCUUGUGUUACCAUUCAAGGACAUACUAGUAGAUUAUGUUUGUAUUCUUACUAUUAUGGAAUUGUAUGAUAGAUAUUUGACAUUUAAUAUGUGCUCGUGUUACCACUGAGUAAAUUUUUUAAACUUCUAUAAUGAUUUCUUGCAUUACUUACCGUAAUUAAUUCAUAUAGUUUUCUUAAAUGUAAUUACUCAAUGACAUUGCCUAGAAAACGUCAACUCACUGGACAUAGCUAUGUUUACUACUGAUGUGAAGAAAUUUUUUUAAAUGAUUUGUUUGUAUUAAAUAGCCUAGUUUGUUUGUAGCAUUUUUUUUAUGUGAAUUCCGAUUAUGACAGUGUGUAGUCGGACAGAAUUGAUGCCCAUAUAAAAAAAGAUUGUUGGUUGAUGGACAUUCUGACUCCUGCUCUCAACGACAGGAAAACAGAGUUUAUAAAUCUUACAUUGGCCUCGACUCCUCAGCCCUGAUUUAGCUUGCUUAUCAUUUAAAGUUAAUUUUUGGCAAAUUGGAGUGGGAUUCUAUAUCCUUGUUAUGUAAAAUUUGUCACCAAAUAUCAUAGAUCAUUGGAAGCGAGUGUUAUAUAUAUGGCCAUUGGCCAGUAAAAAUUGAAUUGAUUUAUUGAUUUCUAUUCAGUUUUUAAUGCCAUUCGAUAUUAUCUGGGUAUGAAAUAUGGCCUUGUGCAUUCUUCAAACGGUUUCUUAUUCAAUUGAAUUCACCUAUCAUUUCUUAAAUCAAAAUCCGUGAAUGAAUUGCAAUUUAUAAAUUAGCAGAUGCCUUUUCCGCACAAUAUAAUAUAUUCAAUAUAGUUUUACUUUAAACAAACCUUUUCCAGCGCUAUCUGCAAAAUACUUAUACAAUAAAUUGCAUUCAUCUUUGUAUAGAUGUUGUUGUUAUUAAAGUUUAUUUCUGCUUCCAAUAUAUUCGAUGAUGAUUAUUUUUUUUUCAUCUUUGCUGUAUAUUUUAUCGCAUAAAUGCAAUCAAUACUUUACUACCAUGCAUCUAACGCUGAAUUCAAUUCUUCACUUUUUAUCUGUUUUGAAAAUCCACUGCAUGAUCACAUAGUUUGAAUUGAUUACGUUUGAUGCAUUCCAAAUGUUUGAACUUUACAUUGUAACAAACCUUUAUUAAAUAAACUAACGAAUUAAUUAAUUUGUCCAUUUCUCAAAUUCUACGUCAAUUUUGAGGAUUGCUUUGGUUUUCAGAGAAAAUUUGCUUCUUUAGUUUCAAGUGGGAAUUUAUUGCUGUUGAACCUGGAAAAGACGAUUGCACUUUAAAAUGUACUUUAUUGUGACAAAAAAUAAAAACCUAUUCAUGGAGAAGGGAAAUUCUAGAUCAAAAAUUUUACUAAUUACAUUUCUGAAAUUAAAAUAAAUUUGUAAUAUUUUUCAAUUUUAAAUUAUAUUUCUCCCAUUUCAUGAGAUAUGUACAUGUGGUAGACGGUUUCAUGCCUCGAUUUCUAUUCCGAUGAUUGCAUGAUCUUUACAAGCUCGCAAAUUAAAAUAAAAUUGUAGCCUAGUGUUUCGAAACUUCACUGAAACUACCAAAUAAACUCGGUUUUAGAAAAACAAGCAAUUGUUUAUGACCAAGCUUGAAAAUCUGUCCCAAUGUAAAAUGCGACUGUUCAAUUUCAACUAUUACAUCGCUGUAAUCUUAUUGAUUAUAGCUAUAAAAAGGAAGUCGA